AUGAACUGCACAAUACUCGAGGCUAUUCUUUCCAAACUGACAUCAUCAGCUGUCACUCUGCCAGCUGAUUGCGCAACCAAGCCAUCAAAGCUCUUUGAGAUUGACUCUAUCAAGAGCACACUGCCACAGGACAACUCACGUCUUGACAGCACUCUGAAGCAAUUGGAUGCAUACUUUGAUCUCUCACAAAAGGAGGAGGACGCAAAGAAGAGAGACGUACAGCUGCACAAGAUUAACAAGGAGUUGGUUAGCUCUGUCUUUAUCUAUGGUUCAACAUUGACUGCCUUUGAUGCUAUCUAUUAUGUUUUGUUGCAUCCAUGGAUGACAAAGCUCAAUGAUAAGGAGCGUUUCAUAUUCUGUAAUAUAACUAGAUGGUUUAACUUUGUUCAAAAUACAACCUUCCUCAACAAUGGACACUUGAACCUUGUUCCAAUCUCAUUGACUCCACCACCUGCUGAGCCACCCAAGAAACAAGCUGCUGGUACUGCUGCUACAUCAACAGAUAAGAAGGAGGAGAAGAAGGAUGAGAAGAAGGAUGCUGCCCCAGCUGCUGAGAAGAAGAAGGGCAGUGGUCGUGAGAAGGUUGUCGAGGCACCAAAGCCAGAGGACGUGUCAAGAUUCGAGAUCAGGGUCGGAAAGAUCGUCGAGGUUGCCAGACACGAGUCUGCCGACCAGCUCUACGUCGAGAAGAUCGACUUAGCCGAGCCAACUGGACCACGCACCAUCGCAAGUGGCCUCGUCAAGUUUGUGCCAAUCGAGGAGAUGAAGGACAGAGUCGUGCUGGUGCUGUGCAACCUGAAGCCACGCAACCUCAAGGGCGUCAAGUCCGAGGGCAUGGUGCUGUGUGCCGGCAACGCCGACCACACCCAGGUCGAGUUGAUCGACGUGCCAGCCGGUGCCAAGCUCGGAGAGCGUGUCACCUUCACAGAGUUCCCAGGCGAGCAUGACAAGGUGCUCAAGCCAGAGAUCGUCGACAUCGUCCUCAAGGAUCUGAAGACCAACGGUGAGCUGGUGGCCACCUACAAGGGAUGUCCAUUCACCACAUCUGCUGGUCCAUGCAUUGCCAAGUCACUCUCCAAUUCAUCAAUCAGUUAA